UUCUUCCCACGGUGGAAUGAGGAAACAGUGUACUUCUGGAAAACGGCUGAAGUUCCUCUUAUUUCGACUUCCCACGGGAAUGGAUUGAUCUCAACCCGGGGACUAAGUUUUAUUAUGAAACAUGAGUAGGACCCAGCAAGAUACCGCCUCUUUGAUCGUUGAUGAUACAGAACACGUGUCUCGCGAAGAGACACCUGCCGCAGAUUCCCUGAGGUCUCUCCUGGACUCAGACGAGGCGCAGAGCCUACUCUUUGACCUAAUGAGCGACGACAGGCUACUGGCUCAGGUGAGCGGGCUAACCGGCGAAGACAACGGUGGGGAGAUGGGUAGGAAUGCCGCUACACCCCCUAGGGGACCCUACUCGGGGAGCUCUUGCCCUCUUCCCGUGCCUAGCCUUCAGCAGUACGGCUCCGAGGUACAGGCACUCGCCAGGCAGGAGCCCCACUCACCGGUGGAGGCGAGAGCGCCGUUCACACCCACCCUGCUGCCGGCCGCGAUGCGGUGGGACGCCCUGGAUUUUCAGCGGCAAGCUGCCUAUACACAGAUCCCAUCACACUAUUCCCAGAAGGAUAACCAUCCUUACCCAAGCGCUGUGCCGGAGAUACCUCAGCAGCCUUACCAGUGCCAGAUUCUGCCUUCAACCCCACCUCUGCCCCCCGUCAAGAAGGUUUUCCUUGGCAACAAGCGCCAGCCCAAGACGAUUUUCACCAAUGAACAGCUGGAACUGCUAGAGAUGACCUUUGCCACCAGCCACUACCCCAGCUCCGUGCUUCGCACACAGUUGUCAUAUGUCAGCCAGCUACCAGUCAAAACAAUUCAGACCUGGUUCCAAAACCGAAGAGUCCGCUACAGGAGACGUCUUGGGAAAAUCUCCAAGCAGAGAAGACAGCGUCAAUCCUUGGAGGCGUCUUUUGGAGCGCUGUCCCCCGUCAAGUCACUCCCAGACUUGGGGCCAGGGAGCAACGGAGGCAGCCCUUGGCACAGUGAGUCUGCUACAGCCCAGUCAUCGCCAGAGUACAUGCUGGUUUUUCCUCCAUCGCAGGGCGAGUCCUGUCUGCAAGCUGGUCAACUCUCUGGGCCUCAGCUGGGCUUUCAACCAAACCAGCAAGGGGUGGCGAAUUAUGGCUGGCAAGAUCAUUCCCAGCUAGCAGGCGGGUGGUUUCCUGACCGAACGACCCCCUUGUCAGACCAGUACUUGAGGACACAACAAGCAGAUGCUCUACCAAGCAGAUGGGUCACAACCUCUCCUGAAUUUUGUAAUUCUUCCAAUGACAACCCGUCAACAAGAGGUUACCAGCACUUCCCUCAGAAGCACCCUGGAGACGUCCCAACACCAUUGCCCAACCUGCGAAUAAUCUAUCCAAAACCACCCCAGCCUUCAGCUGGUUCCAACCAGCAGCAUCCAGUGGCAUCACCCCUGGCUGCCUCUCAUCACCCGCUACCACCGAGUGCCAUGCUGUCCCAGUACCAACCACACCCCAUCUCACCUCAACCUAACCGGUAUCAUCAGCCAGCCACACCCUGCAUGAUGCAGAGCCAGUCCAGCGUACCGUACCAAUACCACACUCCCCUUCUACAGCAGGGUACCGAUUCAGACUGGAUGCAUCCACAGUGUUCUCCCCACCCCCAGGACACUCACCAUAUCCCAUCCCCAAACCCCACUCUUCAGAGUGGAUUCCCUGGUGCUUUCCCCCAACAAGAACCUCCAUCAUACAAUAUCCGGGGCCUGCCAAACAGCCAGGGGUAUCCAGAACCCAAAGCAGUUCCCAAGAAUGGAUUCAGCAGUGGAUAUCCAACAGUAGACCCAACCCUGUGCUACUAUUCAGGCUCACAUCAUCAACUUCAGAUAAACCAUCCAAGCUUCUCCAUCGCUCAGUCCAGGACCUCCAACCAGAGUGACUCCGACUCUUCAACUUCCAUGAAGGAAAGUUCUCCCUGUCCACCAGCCAAUGAGUAUACCUUCACUCCCCUGAAAAAUAAAUCUGUCUCUCAAGGGGCACUAACUGACAAGAUGCCCACAGACAAAUGUUCUUCCAACCCGGCAGCACAGCCCGUCGCCCCAGGCAUGGUCCCUACCUCUUCCGGUGACCCCCCACCCCCAGGCCAGCUUGUCAUGCCCAAGCAGCCUACUCCAGUCAAUCUGGUCCAUGCAUGCAACCAGCCACUGGCAUCUUCAGCCGAUGAGCCAUCGGUAUCACCGUGCUCACCGGAAUCAGCCUGCAGCUUUGGAUCCUGUACCACUCUCUACAUAGACCUCGAUGCCGAGAUCGAUUAAGCACACUGGUACUUGGCACCAUCUAAAUCGCUCACAAAAUUCAUCCCAGACUCCAGUUUAGCAGUGUUUAAGGUCUGAGGGAAAUCUCUUUAACAAGACAAAUUUUGUGAAACCAGGCACGCAACUUUUGUUAUAAAGUCAGCUGAUUUCUUACUGAUUGUUCACUUCACCUGUAUGCCAUUGCAAAGUGCAACAGCGUUAAAAACUAUAUGCCCUGUGGGUAUUUUGUGUAUUUUUGGUUUGAAUUCCUAGAUGUAAGUCUGCCUGCAAUACGCCACAUUUUGUGCCAUAAAUACAUGUACUCUAUAAAAACAAACAAAACAGGAAAACACCUCUAUGCAGAGGAUUUACGGGUAGCCCUUUCUGUGGAAUAGCAAAUUUUUGGUUUUUGGUUAUAACGUGUACAUGACAUGCAUAUGCCUGCAACCGAGUUUGAAUAUUCCUUUGCAUGUUUGUUGAAAUGCAGUCUGAGUACAUGUACUGCCAAAGUUGCACUUUUUUGUUCACUAUGAAAUCAUGCACUUUUGGAAUCAUGAUUCAAUCAUGAUUGUAUAGAAAAGAAAUCAUGUGACUCCAUUUUACGAAUGCAGUUACUGCAAAAGGAUCCUAUGGCAACUGCAUGCGUAUUAAGAUUUGUGAUUGGCGUGGACAGGGCCAGUACGACACUGACAACCACCAAUAAUUAAAAGGGGUACUUUGAGCAUUUGUUGACAAUGUUGGAACUAUGAUAUUGUUUCCACUUCUGUGUGAUCUAUAAACUCAAUACAUGUAGUAGGUUUUCAUGAACAGUGAAUGCUGAACAAGGCAAAGUUUGGUACAUGUAUCUGGGUGUCCGAAACUUGGCAAAAUGCUGCCAAUUAUUCGUGGGAUGCAUAUGACCAGACUUUGUGAUUCUUAAUUGUUUUGUUUUCUUUUCUAAUUGUUUUUCUUUUUCUAAGUAAACUAUUAUGUGAUAAUGUUACAUAAUAAAAAAGUGAAAAAGAAAGGUAUUUUAUUUUUAGUUAAGCCAUUACAGAGCAGAAAAGGGAGUAUGGUCUAAGAAUAUACUUCUGAAUUAGAUGAUGUCUUGGUGUUGUUUUUGUUGGAACGUUUCAUUAGUUUAUCAGUGACAAAUUGUGAUUUUUACAGAUUGAAAUCUUUUGAGAUAGGCAGAUAAUGGCAGAGUUUGAAAAAAAUCAAAGCACUGUGUUGGACAAUUCUUGAGAAAAGUACACUCUAUUACGUGGACAUUGUUAAAUUUUUUUUCAGUUCGAGGAAAAAGCCUCAAGUUGGUGAAAAUGAAAAUAAAAU